AUGAUGUUCAGCAUGACAAAGGGCAAGAUGAGAGGUGUCAAUCUCAUUCUCUCGGUCAUUGUCAUCUUUGGUCUGCUCUCUGCUCUGCUCAACGCAGCUCCGGUCCCGGACGACGAUGACGCCUCCAUGCAGACAUUCGAACUCGACAACGGCGGAGGAGCAGCAGCUGCUGCUGCACCCAACUUCUUCUUCUCACCCGUCGCCGCCGCCGUUACUGGCGUUGUUGAUGCUGUCGGAAUCCUUGCCAAUCACCCCAACUCGUCACCUCGAGUUUGGAAACUAGGAACCAUGAACGACCACGACCACCCAGAUCAUCCUGCUCCCGCCGCCUCCUCUCAAACCCAUGAUCAUGAUCAUCAUCAUCAUCAUCCCGACUUCGAGUCACCCCUGGGACACCCCUACCACAAUGACAACGACACCCACGAUUCAGCAACGGAUCAACUUCACCAACUGGACCGCCGUCACAGCUUCGCCCUCAAUUGUCAAGACGACAGAUCCUACACCAACGCCUGCACGAGGAAGGGGUACUCUUGCAACUCGCUCGGCCGACUCAUCACCCGCGGUCGCGACUCCUGGUGCGACUCCAAAUGCCGCUGCGUCAACCUGAGUCCCAAAUCGUGCCUGAACCAGCUGGCAGUCUACAUUGACUGUUACUUGAAGGGGGAGAACAUCAUGGGAGCCGAUGGUACCGUCAUUGGUAACCUUUACGCGGCCGAGGACCUUGGUAAUGACACUCUUGUCUUGCACUAA